AUGCGUGCCGACUUGUGUGUGCACGGUCUGCUUGGAGAGCGUUGGCGCUUGGCUGGCAGCCAGCCGUCGCUGCCGCAGCAGGCGCUGGGGGCCGCCAUGCGGGAGCAGGAGCAGCGGGGAAGGCUCGGCAUCCGCAUCUCCCUGUCCCACGAGAAGGAGCCGCUGGGCACAGCGGGGCCGCUGGCGCUGGCGCGGGACCUGCUGGCCGAGGGCGGGGAGCCCUUCUUUGUCCUCAACAGCGACGUGAUCUGCGAGUUCCCCUUCGCGGCGCUGGCCCAUUUCCACCGGCAGCAUGGCGGCGAGGGCUCGCUGGUGGUGACCCGUGUGGAGGAGCCGGCCAAGUACGGCGUGGUGGUGAGCGAAGCUGACACCGGCCGCAUCUGCCGCUUCGUGGAAAAGCCGCGCGUCUUCGUGUCCAACAAGAUUAAUGCCGGGCUCUACAUCUUCAGCCCUGGUAUCCUGCAACGCAUCCAGCUGCGCCCCACCUCCAUCGAGAAGGAGAUCUUCCCAGCCAUGGCACAAGAGGGGCAGCUCUACGCCAUGGAGCUGCAAGGCUUCUGGAUGGACAUCGGGCAGCCGAAAGACUUCCUCACAGGCAUGUGCAUGUACCUGCAGGCGCUGCGGGCUCAGCACCCCGAGAAGCUGCACUCGGGGCCCGGUGUUGUAGGGAAUGUGCUGGUGGAUCCCAGUGCCAAGAUCGGGGCAAACUGCGUCAUUGGCCCCAACGUGACGAUUGGGGCCGGCGUGGUGGUGGAGGAUGGGGUGCGCAUCAAACGCUGCACUGUGCUCAAGGGGGCCCGCAUCCGUUCCCACUCCUGGCUGGAGUCCUGCAUCGUGGGCUGGAGCUGCUCCGUGGGGCAGUGGGUACGUAUGGAGAACGUGACUGUGCUGGGCGAGGACGUCAUCGUCAACGACGAGCUCUACCUCAAUGGGGCCAACGUGCUGCCGCACAAGUCCAUCGCCGAGUCCGUACCAGAGCCGCGCAUCAUCAUGUAGCAACCCCCGGUGGGCCCUGCACUCCUGGCUCUGCGUGGAUUAAAUAUUUAUAUUUCCA